GUUGGAUUUAUGUCAAGUUUGUUUCAAUUUCUGAAAUAUUUCAGAUACUGUGUAAACAAAUAAUAUAAAAUUAUUAUAAUCUUAUUAUUAUUAUAUUAUUCAUAUGCUUUCGAAGCGGUGUUCGUUUCUAGUAAAGUUCACUUUGAAAUUUUAAUCAGAAAUUUUAUAAACUAGCAAAAUGAGUAAGACCUCAUCUACAGGCAAAGUGAAACGGAAAGACCAGCAUCCUGUGCGAAAAGAAUUUGUUCCCACUAGUGAUACCCAAUACAAAUGUUUAUAUUGUACCUGGACCACUAUUAUGAAUGCUACUCGUAUGGUGAAGCACAUUGUUGAACAUUGCCGGAGUGCACCGGAAAAGGUGAAAGAAGAAAUGGCUGCUAUCCAGCAGGCAUCCUUGGAUAAGGAACGCAAUUCUUCGCUAGUUUCGGAAAACAAAAAGGAUAUUCAUGGACUUUUCAAUGCUAUUGAGAACAAACGCAUUUGCAUGUUUUGCGAUUGGACAACCGUUCGGAACUUGACACGAAUGCGCAACCACAUUGCUAUGCAAUGUCCCAAAGUUCCACGAAACGUGAGGGUAUGCUUUGUAAAAGAUGACAAUGCCGCUUCUGAUACAUCCCAGGAACAAGAACCAGUUCGAAAGAGAUCAUUUGAAUCAUACCAUGUAGUAACGUUGAACGAAAAUCGUUGGGGCGAGAGUGAGAUACAAGUUUUCGAAUCCACUAAUUCGCUCGCGGCCGAGGAUGCAGAAGAACACCAGCCAGAAGAAAACUACCUUGAAGUGCAAGAAUUAGAGGAACGAAGCUGUAGUUGGUGUGGGAAAGCACUUACGUAUGAUAGCUGUGAGGUUGAAGAUGAAAGUGAUGUUUACUGUUCAGCACGGUGCUUCCGACGACACGCGGAACAUUCACGCAAGGCAACACCUCGAUCGGUUGAGCUUCCUGAAGAAAAACGAACAGUGGAUUUGAAACGGUCAUCAGUACAGGACUCUGUGGAUUCGUCCGAACCGCCAGCUAAAGAGAUUAAGUUGGUAGUCGUUUCCAGACCACCACCGGCACAAGCUUGUCGUGUGAAGCAAGAAACUAGUGACAUUAAUAGCAACAGCAGUGGCAAGCCUCAACAGCGCGAUAUCUCUCACACGAUGGUGGAAGUUAAUUAUACAUUAGAAGCUGAAACCGAAUCGAUGCCUGAUGAGGAAUCUGCACAACAGCCAAAUGCUCCAAAAACACCAAUCCAAAACCUAAACAUGGUCCCGAAAUCGGUUGCAUCCGUUGUUAGAAGAGAUAAUGUCCAAGCAUCUAAAUCAACAUCAGUUGAAAUAUCUUCGUCAAAACAGGCAGACGUUGUCGACGAAGGAUCUUGCCAUUCAUUUGCCGGUGGUCACGUUUAUCCACAGGAAGAUGUUCGUUCGGCCGAUCAUAAACUUCAGUGGACCAAAGCAGUAAUCUCUAGACCGGCUCCACAAUUCAAAGCAACCGCUGUUAUUGAUGGAGCAUUCAAGAAAAUAGAGCUAUCGGACUAUCGUGGAAAGUAUCUGGUAUUUUUCUUCUAUCCACUGGAUUUCACCUUUGUGUGCCCGACAGAGAUUCUCGCGUUCUCUGAUCGCAUUAAAGAAUUCAAGAAACUGAACACCGAAGUGAUUGCCGCCAGCAUAGAUUCGCAUUUUACUCAUUUGGCAUGGAUAAACACACCUAGAAAAGAGGGAGGAUUAGGAAAGAUAAACAUUCCCCUUGUAAGCGACAUCACGCAUAGCAUAGCCAAGGACUAUGGAGUGUACUUGGAUGAUCUGGGACAUACACUCAGAGGUCUAUUCAUCAUCGAUGACCGCGGAAUCCUACGGCAAAUUACAAUGAAUGAUCUACCGGUUGGUCGUUCUGUGGAUGAAACCCUACGACUGGUGCAAGCCUUCCAGUAUACUGAUAAACAUGGAGAAGUGUGUCCAGCCGGAUGGAAACCCGGUCAAGAUACGAUUGUACCUAAUCCCGAAGAAAAAAUAAAGUAUUUUGAAAAAAACCACUAGCAUAAGCGCGGUACGUGACCCUACCUCAAUAAAAAAAAAACAAUCUAUCGAA